GGAUGACAGGUUUUUCAGGGCGAGCAGUUCGUACUGUAUGGUAACUGCACUGUAUAAGAUUCAAAGUUGCCCCUCACUUCAAACGAACAGUAGAAAGAUAACCCAGACUCUAUCACCUUCUCUUCAUCCUUAGCAAGCCUUGCACUUAUCUACGUUCCAAUCUCGCUUCACGAAACACGAUUCUGGCCAACUCCAAAAUCAGCAGACAAGACCAACAUGAUUGGAAAGACUCUCUCACUCCUGGCUCUAUCGGCCAUCGCAGAGACAUCCGGUGGCUGCCCUGCCAUUUGGUCAACAAUCGCAUCUGACCUAUCUCAAUCUUUCAUCGGAGCUUCUGGAUGUACCGAUCUCGCUCGAGGUGCCAUUCGUUUCGCUUUCCAUGAUUCUGGGUCAUAUUCCUCCAGGACACCAGCUUAUGCACCUGCUACAGGGGGUGCAGAUGGAUCUCUUCUUCUGAGUUCUGUGGAGAUUACUCGAGAUGAGAAUAAUGGUUUGCAACAAUACUACAGCUUUUUGCGUGGAAAGUACGACGUGUACAAGUCUCAAGUCGGUGCUGCAGACUUGAUACAAUUCGCUGCCAGUGUGGCGAUUGUUAGUUGUCCUGGAGGUCCCAGAAUCCCGACUGUCAUCGGUCGCAAAGACACCAGCACUCCAGCACCAGACAACCUCUUACCGCAAGCUUUUGGCCCUGGUUCGGCUCAACAAGUGUUGAUCCAGCUGUUCGCAGACAAAGGCAUCAGUCAGCCAGAACUUGCUGCUUUGAUUGGCGCACAUACGGCAUCCAAAGCAGUAGCAGAGGAAGACAAUGGUAUCCCCUAUGAUGGACCUCAAGACUCUACUCCAGGUCAAUGGGACGUAACAUACUACUCCCAAACCGACAGCCACCCAAAAGGCGUAUACAGUUUUGAAUCAGACAUCAAUCUCUCCAACCCAAACUCCACUGUGGGUCAAACAUUCCAGAGUUUCGUAAAUAGUCAGAGCAAAUGGAAUGCAGCUUUUGCACCUGCAAUGGCUCAUCUCAGCGUCCUCGGUAUCCCGUGGUCUGACCAACAGAGCUUCAUCGAUUGCACAAGUGCUGUACCAUCGGGUUCGAAUGCGAGACUUAUUCGUACGGCUCCUAUCAACGACAGGAUUAGAUGAUAGUCGGGUCCCGGGUAAAGAGGCGACAUUUAGCUGGACAAGGCUUUUAUUAGACUGCAUGUUUCGAAAUUUGCAUUUGGCCAUUCAAACUUGAUGGCGGAGUCGC